AUUUUGGGCCUAACGUUUUCAAUGAAAAUGACGGAUUUGGAAUUGUUACAGGGGAGGUCAGCACUAGCAGUGUUGGCCUCUCUUCUAUGCGUUGCUUUCUGAAUAAUAAUAAAAGCACAUUUGUAUAGCGUCUUUUACCAGCAUCAGCCAGACUCAAGGCGCUUUACAGAUAACAUCAGAUUCAGAGUCUGCAGUGGGAAAAAGAAGCAGAGGUCAAAGGAAUCAGCACUUGCCGAACUACAGGCAAAACGCAGAAAAAUUGUAGGGGUGCGUUAAAGGAUUUCGAAAGUGACGGCACAUAUCUUCAUGGAGGUUUUUCAAAAUUGUAUUAUUUUUCUUACGUCAGAGGAUAUGAGAAAUCUUUAUUCAGUAACAGGCAUUAAUGACCCAGAGAGACGAGGUCAAAGGGCGGACAACAGCACCAUUAGUGCAAUGUAUGGAUUUUACACAUCAAACUUUGCUGUCCUUAGGAACAAAAGAGGCUUUUGCUUACGUAGAAGCACAGUGUGCGUAAUGCUGUGGCGGUAGCUUCUCAAAAAGCAGGUUCUGCCCAUUCACAGCCUCGUCAGUCGUCAUUCUAACUUAGUCUGGGUCAAGUGAAGUAACUUCCGGACCAUUUAACCUCCGGACACCAGCGGACGUUUCCCACGGACAAAGGAUCUGUGUUCACGUAGUGUUCACGUGCAACGCCUUUUAGAAAUCAACCUUCUACGUCACGGUCAAGAAUAGAUCUCUCAACGCCUACCUGCUCAUCCGGCGCGUGGGACAGUUCGCCAGCAUCGUCCUGGGAAAAUGUUGCAGGACACUCCUUGUCUGGUGCGUAUUUAAGGACGUGGACAUUGCAUGGCCUUCCAUCAGCUUCAGCUGCAGCGACAGAGAGCAAGUGAAGAAGGCUCGGGCCGAGAACAGCAAACUAGUCGACAACGAUCUUCAGGAACGCUGGGAAGCUUUCUAAACAUGAAACCUGUUCUUCUGCUCACGGCAUUGACAGCUCUAGCUGUGAAAGCAGUCUGGACGCUGCCUUUGGACGCCUGUGGUGGCAAGCCCGCCGACCUCGUGUUCAUUGUGGACUCGUCCUCAUCGAUCUGGCCAAAGCACUUUCGGGAACACGUACUGACCUUUCUGCACGAGGUGAUUGACAUGCUGGAUGUCGGCCCACACGAGAUGCAGACUCGAGUAGGGGCCGUGACCUUCAGCGACCAAGUCUACCUGGAGUUCUACCUCAAACGAUUCAUGGACAAAGAGCAACUGCUGGAGCGUGUCAAGCAGAUACGGUAUAGAGGCGGAAACACUGACACUCACGAAGCCAUUCAGUUUGUCGACCGGAGCCUCUUCCGCCCGGAGAACGGUGGGCGCAGUGACGUCACACGCAUGGUCGUCAUCAUCACGGACGGCGAGUCGCGCAUGGCCAAGGAGACAGUGGCUGCUGCCGAGUCACUGAAGAGCAAGAACGUCACGGUGUUCGCCAUCGGGGUAGGCAACCAGAUUGAUGUUGCUGAGUUGAGGGCCAUGGCCAGCCAGCCUAGUUCCGAGUUCGUCUUCGAGGUGACCAACUUUCAGGCUCUCAGCGGCAUCAAGAAGGAACUUGUCACUAGAACGUGUAAAGUUCAAGCUAGUACAACCACCCCAGCUGCUACUACCACCACUACAUUAACGACAACAACCCAAGCUCUACUACAACAACUACAACUCCAACCACAACGACGACCAUUCCAACAACUACAACUCCAACCACAACGACGACCAUUCUACAACAACUACAACAACUACUCCCACAACAAUGACCACUACAUCUACAUCAGAGACCACCGAGUGCUCUGGAGAACCUGCAUCAACCGUCCAGCUGAUGUUUACUUCGUGCUCGACUCCUCCAGCAGCAUCUGGGUUCACGAUUUCGAAACGAGCAUGCUGCAGUUCGUGCGCAACGUCAUCGACAUCUACGACAUCGGCGCCGACAGGACUCGCGUGGGCAUCAUCACCUUCAGCGACAAACCCCGCACGGUCUUCGGCCUCGAAGCGCACGUGCAAAAAGAGGAACUGCUGAAGGCCGUGAACAGCAAGAGUGUUAAGUACGAGCCAGGGCUGACGUACACAGCCGAGGCCCUGCAGACGGCACGCAUGAACUUGUUCCAAGAAGGGCGCCAGAACGCCGACCACGUCCUCAUCCUCAUCACCGACGGGCAGUCUAAGGACCCCAACGCUACUCUAAUGACAGCACACGCAGCGCACGAGGACGGAGUCACGGUCUUUACAGUAGGCGUGGGCAGUGGAGUGGACGUUGGUGAGCUGCACGGCGUAGCCUCCAAGCCUAGCGAGGACUUUACCUUCAUGGUCGACGACUUCAAGGGCCUGGACUCAUACAAGGCUAUCCUCGCUGCCCGCACUUGCGGCGCCAACGCCACCCUGGUACCACCUGUGAGACCACCCGUGAACUCUUCCCACACCUGCAAGAUGAAUCAUGCCGACAUCAUUUUCGCGUACGACUGGAGCAUGCUGGGAGGCGUCGUGUCGACUCAGAUCAUUUCCACUAUUCAUCGCGUUUCCGCUACUUUUGAUGUUAUGGCCGCUGAUGUCACCUUUGGAUCCGUGACGUCAUCACAGUGCGUGGAACAAUACAACAUGCGGCUGUCCGAGUCGCUGGAACUGAGCAAGCAGGUGCGAAGCGUUGUCCGCACCCAGCAGUCGCAGAUGACCAGCGUGCUUAAGAAUCUUCGCAUCAGCGGCUUCUCGGUACAGAACGGGCACCGCGUCACGGCCAAGAAGGUCGCGAUCAUCGUUCUGGACGCGGGCAGCACCAACAAACUGGCCCUGGUUGCAAGCGAGGCUGCUCGCAUGCGCAGCGAUGACAUCGAAGUUUUCGUCAUCACGUCCGGCCGACAAGGCGGCCAGUUGGUCAACGACAUUGUGUCCGAGCCCAAAGAUCACCACAUCAUUCAGCUUCCUGGCCUGGAUUUCUCCAACCACGCCUACGCUAGCGACAAGAUUGUGGAGUUUUUGUGCGGAGAUAACAGUGCCUGGCUGUAAAGACUUCAUCUGUUACUUCCCUCAUGGAGGAAAGUGUUUUCCGUCCUUGUGUCAAACACGACGCUGUGUACAAGGGUCAGCUGUUCGAUUCUGAUGCGCCAGCGCGUCUUUCCCG